CGCAACAUCGUACCGGAGGAAACCAACGAUACCCUGCUGUGUCUCGUAAGCAGUGUGAAUCUAUCAUUCUCACGUUUAUGCGCUGCAUGUGCUCGUGAUUUGUGAGACUACUUCCAUGCCCAUCGUUCGAAGAAGCUGCUGUAUACUGCAGCCUAGCCGAGAACUUUGUUCUUCGUGAAUAAAUUGUGAAUCGACCACGUUAACCCGCGUCGUUCAACGAUUCCACGUAAUCAUUAACCCAGGAAGGAAGGAUAUCGAGUAUUCGCGUGUGCAAGGACUGAAGACACCUGGGAGCGUUUGAAAAGCACGUUCCACAGACCCCUCCAACCAAAAUCACUCGCCUAACCUUUCCCCUGCCCACCUUCUCCUGCCUCUCAUCCUUUCCCUUCCCCCGCAAAUCUCAAGAGGACCUCCCGUCUCGAUCACAGCAUCUGUGACUCCAUUAUGGACAGUAUGGACAACAAACCAGUUUUGAACGAUGACCCGUCGGUCACCCUGACCAUCCGCCUGAUCAUGCAGGGCAAGGAGGUCGGAAGCAUCAUUGGGAAGAAAGGAGAGAUCGUCAAAAGGUUCCGGGAAGAGUCCGGGGCGAAGAUCAACAUCUCGGACGGUUCUUGCCCCGAACGAAUAGUGACAGUGACCGGGCCGACGAACUCGAUCUUCAAAGCGUUCACGUUGAUCUGCAAAAAGUUCGAGGAAUGGUGCUCGCAGUUCCACGACAUUCAGGGCGGUGGCGGAGUGCCCAGGCCGCCGAUCACGCUCAGGCUGAUCGUGCCCGCGUCCCAGUGCGGCUCUCUGAUCGGCAAGGGCGGCUCGAAGAUCAAGGAGAUCCGCGAGGUGACCGGCGCUUCGAUCCAAGUCGCCUCCGAUAUGCUGCCGAACUCGACGGAACGCGCGGUCACCAUUUCCGGUACCAGCGAGGCCAUCACGCAGUGCAUAUAUCACAUCUGCUGUGUUAUGCUAGAGUCCCCUCCCAAAGGUGCCACGAUCCCUUAUCGCCCCAAACCCCAAGUUGGUGGGCCAGUGAUCCUGGCUGGUGGGCAAGCAUACACCAUCCAGGGUAAUUACGCGGUGCCCGCCCACUCGGACGUAAGUACAGUAUUGCCAUUGCCCGCGCCCGCUGCCGGGCCCACCCCGCCCUCGCUGAACACCCAAACUUUGACGACUUCGCCCUUCGCGGCCCACCCUUCGUCCUCGGCCUUCGCCGCUUCUCACGGGCAUCCGCUCCUAUCCACGGCCCACCUUACUACCCCACAUCAUCCUCUCCACCCGAGCCCCUUACACGCCAGCGUGGCAGGCCUCGCCGACCCCCUGCUGAAGAGUGGACACUUGCAGGCAGCCCUCCCGCCCGCACACCUCGUGGCAGACGCCAUGGGUAAGCUUGGUAGCAAUCCAUUGGCUGGACUCGCUGCUCUAGGCCUCGGGGGUCUUGCCACACCUGCCAAUACAGGCGGAUUAAAUCCAGCAGCAUUAGCGGCACUCGCUGGUAGCCAGCUGCGCACUAGCAACACGAACAGGCAACAACCGGCGGCGAACAAUCAGACGCACGAGAUGACCGUGCCGAACGAGCUGAUCGGCUGUAUCAUCGGCAAGGGUGGCACCAAGAUCGCCGAGAUCCGUCAGAUCUCCGGCGCGAUGAUCAGAAUCAGCAACUGCGAGGAGAGGGAAGGCGGAGCCACGGAUCGUACGAUCACUAUUACCGGAAACCCGGACGCUGUGGCAUUGGCACAGUAUCUCAUCAGUAUGAGGAUAUCGCAAGAAACGACGGGGCUAUCGAUACCCGCGUACCACUUCAUCCCACCGGACCACAUCGUUAAGUCACCGAUCCACUAAAAGUGGUCAGACACACACGUAUGUCGUUGUCGUCGUCGAAAGGACGCGGGGCGUCGCGACGCACGCGAAGCUGUCACAAUGGCAUCUCGGGGCUGGGCCACGCACUGUGUUCAACCAGCUUGCUAAUCGACACACACGUAUUAACACGCAUCAAUUACACACACAGACAGACACCACACACGGUUGAUUAAAAAAGAAAAAAAGAAUUGCAGACAGAAUAUAGAUAACACGUACAGACAAAUAUACGAGGGAAGCAAAGGUGGACGAGAAAAAUGGAAUACCGCAUCGGAAGGGAAAGGGAGGACGUACGCAACACUGUACACGUGCACACACACAAGACACAGAAAUAUAUGUAUGAAAUUCAGAUACGUUAUCGUAAACGGUUAAACGAGGGAAGUACGCGUGGAUAACGCGUCACGGAUUUAGAUACACGUGAACAAACACACGCGCGCGUACACGUGUGGGAAUAUCGUGCGCGCGCUCUCGACAAGAGGAUCACAGAGGUGUACAUAAGGAGAAGGUAGGACGCAGAGAAGUGAGGCAAGGGUUGAAUCGAGCACGCGCUUCAUGAUAAUGAUAUAAAAACAAAAAAAAAAAUGAAGAAAAAAUACGCAAGUAGAGACGAAGAAAGCACGCACGCGCGUACACGGAUAUAUUAUAACAUAUAUAUUAUAUAUAUACUCGAAUGUACAAAAUUGUACAAAAAGAAUAUUUAAACGAACAAAAGAAACAAAAAAAAAAACGUUUAAUAACGAUGCACGCCGCAGCCCGUAAUACAUAGACACACAUACACCGUGGCUGCUGCCGAUUGGUAAAGGGAACAAGCCAAAGAUAUGUUAGUUUUCAUUUUUAUAUUUAAAAAAACGAGAGAAAAAACAAAACGAGAGUACGAGAGAUGCGGAAGGAGAGUACUACGCUGACUGAAAAUAUCAUACUACCUGUUCGGGAAUUGGACUUUCGCUACAAGCACAGUAAAAUUGUUUCUACCUUCCGAUAGUCGGAAACUAAAUUUUUAGACGGAAAAAUCGAUUAAGUUGUAAUUAGAUAAAAUUUUUUGUGGGUAUGGAAACGUGUCCCAGGAUUCAAAGAAAUUCUGAUUCUAAAAAAACGUUUCAUAUUUUCGAUCAGAAUAGUACGAGAGAAUUAUUAUAAUUAUUAAUCAUGAAUGUAUGAAACGAGAACGCCGAGUAACUAUAUUAACGUGUAAUUAGGCCGGUUGCUAGAAUUUGUUCUACCGCUGACUAUUUUAAGGAUUGGAGACUGAUGGGUUUCUUUCCGCGCCCUUUAGCUAAUUGAAAAUGUUGAAUCAGUCGAGAGGGACGAGACCUCUCGUCGGAUAUUCGUUCGAUCUCAACCUCGGAAAUUAUUAUUUUUAAUCGAUGACAUUUAAAUUAUUUAGGUCUGUUUUAAACGUUGAUUUUAAAGAGUAUUCGCGGUAAAUAGAGAAUCGUUUCGCGUAGACAUUUCUCUAUUUUUUUCUUGACUCAUCAGCAAUUUCUCUUUCAACACUUGAAUUUAUUUCCACUUUAAUUGGAAAAGAAAAUUCGUUUUAACUUGAGAGUUUUAUUCGUCAAUGAUAAUGAACGGAGAAGAUCAAGCUUCAGUGUGCAAUCGCAGCAAAGAAGUAUCACUUGGGAUUCUUGUGGAGUUUCCAGAUAUCUGCCAUCGGUCAACUUUCAAGUGAUAUUUUUUAUGGUAAUAGAUUCUGUUGUCUCUGUAAAUCGAGAUAGAAGCGGAGGAGUCUUGACUCGAUAAUUGAUUUCUGAUCAAUAGUUCUCUUGUCCUCUUUGAUCAAAGUGAACCAUUCUUCAGGAGGUUCAGUAUACUCGAGUCCUCCAUCUAUUCGAAACGGUAAUGAGGACUCCUCCGAGGAAGAUUCUAGGAAUCUGUACGAUACAAUGGCUGCAGUUCUGACGCGUCAGAAAUCAGAAUAGUAUCGACUCGUCGAAUCCAGCUGGUCUCAGAACAAAAUUACUCCAGUUAUCCGCGUUUCGUGUCUUUCCUUCAUCUUUCAAUUACCGUCUUCACGACUGUUUGAAUAAAAUUCAUUUUACAACAAGUAGAAAUGACAAUUUGCGAGCCUUCGGCAUUGAAAACGGGGGAAGCUGUCCUAAUUUUUUUAAUUUCGGCUGAACGUUUACUUCACGUUUCAUUUUUUGAGAAAACUAUGAAACUCCCCCGGUUUGCAAAUUUUUCAAAUUCUGGAAACAACAGCGUGAUGAAUCUUUGAAAGGAAAACGCGUGUUCCAGCGGCGUGUGGUAUACUGCGUCGACAAUUUCUGAAAAUAUCGUCAACGCGUUACGGUCGUUUAUAGAACGAUUGGAAAAAUAUUCUUCUCACGAUGAUAUGCGCACUUCCGUUGAAGUAUCAAAUGAAAUUAUUACGUGGAGUAUAAAUAACAAUAUAUUAUAUAUGUACAUAUAUAUAUUUAUUAUACGAUUUAAAGAAAAUGGAAAAAAUAAAUGUAAUUAGAGGAGGUGAAAUAGCGAUGAGAAGGUGCGAGCUGAGAGCCCAGCUUCGAUCGAGCGGCGUCUUCUUCAUCCUCUUCUUCGUUCCCUUCGGCUACGUUAGCUCGUUUCUAUUCUUCUUAGGUAGGUUCUUGUCUACCUAUGACAAUUUUAUGAUAUUUUAAUCUUUAAGUUUUCGGAGAUCUUUCAUUCGUCGCAGGGUAAAUUUAGUGUCUUCUUCUAUCAUCCUCGAUAGAAUCUUCCAAUGUGUGCCAAAGCAUCCCCAAGUUCUUCCUUCUACUUCUUAAAUCGUCGGUGCGUUACCUUUGCGAGAUUUCGGAUAUCUUUUUAGGCUGUUGUCCUCCAAGUCUGUUGGCUUCUUAGCAACUUAAGAGAUUAUAAAGAACAAGAAUUAUUUGUGAAGUCUUGAACGCGAGACAAGGUGUGCAAUACGGCAUCACACGGCCCUGUGAUUGAUCACUAAUUUAGCUUCGCCCCCCCCCCCUCCGAUCGCUCAAAAUUCAUACCCAAUUGUAAAUAUUAAUCGUCGUUGUUUAUCGAAUUAUUCGUUCCCUUAUCAUUUUCAUUGAUCGUCGAUCGAAUUAGCGUUUCACGUUUCUAUUUAUUAUAUAUUAUUCGUUUUUUUUGUUAUACAACGGGUAACUCGUUUAGCUGAGAUUUGAGGAAAAUACAUAUAUAUAUCCACGAGAAUAUCUUAUUUAUACGUAGAGACCUGGUCUCAUAUUAGAGUGUUUUUUAUUUCUCAUCGCUGAGAAACGUGUACGAGAAUCUGCACGUUAAAUCGGAAUCUGUUUGUUCGUUUCUUUCUACGUUGUAUUAUUGUUGACAUUAUUUAUGAUAUUGAUAUUAUUAAAGGAUCGCUCUCUCUUCGUUCGUUAAUUAUUUCGAGCCAGUACGAAUUCAUUUUUUUUUUAAUUACGCAUACUAUAAUAAUUAUAAUGAGAAUUCGCAAACGUUAGCCCCUUCGCUCUCUAUUAUUGAACGUACGUAGGCGACGCAUCGCGUAGAAAAAGCGAGAGGGGAAAGAGGAAUAGUUGAAGCACGGGACAAUGGAAUUAGCGUCGUCGUUCGUACGUGCGACGAAUAGUUCACGAGAAAUUGAUGAAAGAUUAGGAUGGAAAAGGCGAGGAAAGAGUAUUUUAGAUUUUUGAGACGAGGAAUGCGCACGCGAAUUAUAUACAGGGGUCUCCGUUCAAGGUUUCGUGUAUAAUUAUUUUCCAAAAAUUAGCUCGCAUAACAGAAUGUUCCAAAUGAAAAUCCUGUUUCAUAGAAUGUCUCGCAUAGGAAGUUUCAUUUGGAACCAACGAUAAUUUGGGAAAUAAAUACAUGCGAAACUUCGAACGGGACACGCCGUGUAAUAUAAAGAAUAAUAAAAAAAAAAAUCCAAGCUGGAGUAAAGUUAGCAAGAGUACGCUGUAUGAUUGUGUAUAUCAACAAUAAAUAAUUGCUGUGAUUAGAAUCGAUUACCUAUAUUAGUAAGUAGUUAAGGACACUUUUUAAGGCACAUACGUCGAACAGAGAAAAGAACAAAAAAAAAAGAGGGAUAGAGACAACAAAUGUUGAUUAUCAGGAGCAUCGUAGUAACUCGAUGACACGAGUAUGCAUGUAUUCGUGCGUGUGCAUGCGUGAAUGUGGAAGAGAAGAAGAAGAAGAAGUAUAGUGUUGCGUGAGGGAAUUAAGAACAAAUAGAGUAACAGGGAAGGGAACGUUAAAGGAAAGGUUUUCAACACGUUCUGUUUUCCGAAGGGUCAAGGAUGAAGUACGUGCGCGCGUGCGUGUAAUCCUCCUCGAUGGUUCGUGUAAUACAAACAAUUCGAAAAGUUGUAAAGCUAAAGCAGUCGGAUGUUUCUUAGGGGUAAGAAAUAAGUAAGAGGCGAUUGCCGCGCGCGUUUACGUAGAAAAGUACAUGUACGCACGCAUACCAUGAUCUUUUCACUCUACUCACCUAUCGAAACGAUAAUAAUUAGAUUGCUCUGAUUUCUUUUAAAAAGAGAAUGAUUCUUUUUUUUCUUAAUUAAUUAAUUAGCUAAUUUUGUAAGCUAAUAACGAAUAUUGUUGCUUUAUUUGAUAAUUAUAAAGCUGACCGUGAACUCGCUUCAAAUUUGCUUGACGCGGAACAAGUACUUUUAAAUGUAUUUUAACAUUUGAUGUUACGUGCGUGUCGUCUUUUAGUUAAGUAUUUUAUUAGAAGGCUGUGAGAAAGAAAUUUUAUUUAAAAUAUGUUGUAUAAAAUAUUUAUGCUCAAUGCGAAGUGACGUUGUGUUCAGAAUGUUAGUAUUCUUUUUGACAAAAAUAAGUCUCUUGUUCUGAGCAAGUUUCGCGUGCCCACGUUCUUUCGACAACGCGGGCAGACGGUUAGCUCCAAAAGAAGCAACAGCUCGUAUUUUAAUCCUUAGCAAAAAUCGUGAGCCAAUCAUUUAUUUCCGAUCGUGAGCCGAGUGAAAAGCGCUUCGUCGCAACGAAACGGAGGGGCAAAAUGCUGUUUCUGUUUCAGUGCCCCAAUAAUUUUCGAUGAUAUUAAAUUUGAUACGAGUAACGGUGAAUCGGUAUAAUCUCGUAGUCUCUCCCUGUAUGUCCUUGAAUACAGAAACGCAAACGUGCUCGUCCGCCGACCUUCUGUCGCACCAAAAAGACGCGAGAAUUUUAAAAAAAAAAAAGAACAAAAUCCAAUCUGUCUGAUGAAACUUCGAUAAUGAUUUCCCGAACGCGAAAAUAAAUCGUCUCUGGGUGUCUGCGUGAUUUAUGCGAAAUCAUUAUCGAAGCCGACGUACUCCAGGAACAUAUCCGGUGACACAUAUGACUAGGCUACGAAUUAAUUAAUCUCUCUUCUGCUCCGAUGAUAAGCAAGCUCGUGUAUUUAUUCGGCGCGUAUCGUCCGGAUCGAAAUGACAAAUCGGCGAUUAAUAAAAUCGCUCUAGACAUUUCUGUCCCGGCGUAGCAUACAUUUUCGAAUCAGUCGACUCUUUGGUAGUGUUUAGUAGUCGCUAAGAUAUCGUCUGUCGUAUAAUUCGUAACUUCUCUUUAAUUCGUUUGUAACGAGGAACCGUAGGGUUCCAUAUAGGGUUGGUAACGAAUAAAAUGGGGGUCCGAUUCGUGGAGAAAUUACAUCGCGUUACGCAUUUUGUACGGAAAGGUGCCAAAGAGAUUUCUUUGCUUCCUCAUUAGGUCGCCCUUCGACUCGUGUCAAUUCGCGUUUUCCCUGGGCGAAAUGAAUUUCCCUGAAGAUCUGCAAACAUCUAGACGGAUCUGAUUUUUUUUGUCUAUUUUAGUAUACGUUCGUUUCCUCCAAUGAAAGCGCAGGUAGAAUAAAUUUACCAGUGAUGCGUGAAGAAGGAAGUGAAGUUCGGGAAAGAGAGGAAAACAUUAGACCAUGGCACUUGGAACAGUCUGUACCCCUGUAAUCUCAAUCUCUUUCAAGGUUCAGGCUAUGGGAGAAUUCAAAAUAUCAAUCGAACAUUCUUUCAAAAGAUCAAUUUUAUCUGAUGAUCAAUCACUGUUAUAAGAUCGGCGCGUGGAUUCUCAAAUAGUUUAGACGUUUGAUAAAGAGAAAACUGGAGGACCAUCUCGACGUUGCACUCCCGUCGGAGGCAACUAGAAACAAUCGGACAAUCGUCGAAUGGUCUGUUCGUGGUGCGACACGCACCCUGUCAACCCCUUCCCGCCCCCUUUUUUCACGUCGGAAUAUUCGAAUUAACCUCCAGCUAUGUUCGAGCGCAAAAUACGGGCAGCUUGAUAUCUGAGAAACUAUGACGUGUCGUAGCAAACAUUUCGUACGUUCAUCGAGAAGGAGAAUUUUAAUCGCGGAUCCAACCUUCAGUAGCCGCGUUCUAUUCGUCUCGUCGUUUGCCCUCGAACAAAAUUAACUGAAACCGAGAACAAAAUGCGAGAGGGACGUUGCGCGCGUCAACGUCGGUAGGAAAACGUAUCGUUGUGGCGUAGAGCAAUCUGUUAGUGCAGGGGCCUUAUCCUUACUGCGCGGACCCUGACCGGAAAUCAUCGCGGAAUCACUCUUUUUCAUUCAUUGAGAAAUUGUAUCGCUGAAAUUUCUAUCCCACGAGCAUAGUCUUCGGAGAACGUCCUUGAGAAGAUCAGAGACGACGCGUGAACUGUUUGAAUUUUUUUAAAUCGUCAUAAGAUUCUAUAUGAAUAAUUUGGAAUAUAGAUAAGAGUCGUGUUUAAAAUGACAAUAGGACUCUUGUAUUAGAACAGGGUUAUUGAGAUUAGGAGGUACUGAAUAUAUCGUGCAAUAUUUUUUAAUCGUGUACGAAGAACGCGCUUCGUACGGCUUUUAAUGAUCGUAAUUUUUAUCGAUUGAUUAUUUUUGUAAAGUCAUAAGGUUACUAUAUAACCGAGAGGGUAUUUUAACGCUCAAGGUAAAAUCGAGAGAAUAAUCGUGAACGUGUCGAUCGAAGCCGGACAGCGUUACCCUUUCUUCUUUCUUAAAGCUUGCAAUUAGAAUUACGAUGUAAUUUUACAUAUCACGGGGAGAAGAGUAAAAAAAUUGAUCAUGUUUGCUCAAAAUGAUUAGGUAUAUCAAAAGUUUAUGUUUUAUAUUAUAUCAUUAUUAUUAUUUGGAAUAUUAAUAAAUUCCCUCGUCAGUUCGUUCGCUGUGGGUAGGUGAAUUAACGGUAUAAGAUUUACCCUUUUACGUUUUCAAGUGACCAAAGGGUGCAGAGGGACGUGGACAGAUAAUCGAUAGAUAAAAUGAAAGAGUGGCUGGUGGGUUGAAAUUUCCGGUCGAUCAAGCGGAGGAUCGAGGCGUUCAGAAACGGAUUGAACCGAGUGGUCCGCGGCGAUCCGUGUCAGGUGUCCAACCUUAACCGUAACGCAAGGCAAUCAGCUAAGAAAUAACUUAGUUUUUAUAGGAUAUUGAAGCGCACGCGCCCUACUUCCGACGGGGCGCGGAAUUAAGGACAAGAAUAAAUGAAUAAAAUGAAUUAAAAUAAAGAAGACCUUUUAGUUCUCUCGUCUGAAGGGCGCGUGGAGAGAGACUCGGGCGCGAUUCUUAAACGAUAUAACGAAGCUCGGAGAUUCUGGACGGCAUAUUUUUCUGUAACGAUAAUUAAGCGAGGCGAAGAUAGAAACGGGAGAGAGAAAGAGAGCGUGUGUGGAAGCAAGAGAGAACAAUAGUUGAGGCGCGCGUUCGUUCACGAAGUAAAGAAACGAGGAAUCGACACGGUACACGGUUGGCGAAAGUUGAAACUGAGAAAAGGGACAGGAACAGCGCAAACGGGAAUAAUCAAAUAGUGAUGCACGGAUGCGCGAGAAAUAUAACUGUUCCCCUUUUUACGUGUGCCAAAAAACAAAUGGAAUCGAACGAGAUGAGAUACGCUGUCGUUCAAACAUUUUCAGUCAGUAAAUAAACUGCAACGUCUAACCGUGUUCAGUUAUCUUUCAGUAUAUAACGUUCAGCUUAAAUAUAUUUUUCGAGCGGCUACUCAAUUUUUUGACUGACAACGUAGAUAUAUAUACAUACAUACGUACAUACAUAUACGAGAUGAAAGAGGUCGUCGUGGAUAGAUUGUUCAGCGUACGGACGGAGCCGUGUGCCAAGAAAAGUUUAGGUGAAAAGGAUCACGGACUGAUUAAUUACGUGUGCCAAAUCGUCGUUACACAAGUAAAGACAUAUAUACGUGUGUGCGUGGACACGGGCACACAUAGUGACGUACAAUUGUACCGCUGCAGCUGUUUUCUCCUCGAGUAGCGAGCUCUUUUGCUUGCCGAUUUUUCGCGUUCCCUUUUGUUCACGUACUUAGCGAGAGAGAGAGAGAGAGAGAGAAAGAGAGAAUAAAGAGAGCCGGCGUGUCUCAAUGCUUCUUUGUUCGCGCAUAUAGAGUAAUUCCUGGAUCCAUGACCGGAUCUCAUUUAUAUACGUACGUUUAUAUCGUAGAUCGUUUAUUAUGUUGUACGAGAAAGAAGUCGGAGUAGAAGCGUAUUGCAAGUAGUUUUGUUAGGGAAUGGCAGAAAAAAUCGGCAUCGAGCGAAGGAAUGAAAUUCGUUGCAACGCAUGGAAUGUCCACGUUGCAGGUCCUUCAGUAUCUCGAAGUAGAUAAAGACACGUGCGAUUGUUAUAGUUUCUUACGAUCAAUCACAACUUUAAAUCCCUGAGCUUCAAGUUAUUCUAGCAUUUGUGCCAAACGAUUAGUCUUCCUUAUAUAAUUUGUUGUAGCUUUUCAAAACAGAUUAUACUUGCACAUUUUAUAAAGUGAAUUAAUAAAAAUCCACGAGGAUUAUGUAAUUUAACACUAUGUUAUAGUUACUUUAUUCGUAACGUGAAAUACAUUAAUCUGAUCUUUAUUGAUUAAAGUACUUGCAUGGGAUAGCAGAGUACAAAAGUCUUUGUGCAUUAUCGAGGGGACAUUUUAUCAGUUGCAACUAAACGGAAGACGAGAAAAGCAUUUUCGAGGGAAGUUCGGGCAUACGUCAGUUUUAGGUAAUGGCCCAGAGAGAUUAAACGGAUAAUAUAUACAGAAAAAUACGAUAGUGCGACCUUCUAACGUUGAGAGCUUUAAUUGUUCGCAUCGAUGUUCGCGAUCCAUUCGAAAGAUCGUCUCGCGUUAUCUUAAUGGUGAUAACACAAAGUAGCACGCUUCCCUAAAACGAACCAAGCUGAUAUACUACACUCCUACACCCCCGUCUGUUCCUCCUUAUUCAUCGCCACCGUCUUCGAUGCUCGCACGAAAAUUUCUCGUGAUCACCGCGAAAUAAACGAUCGAUGAAUUUCCAACGUUGUCUGAUAAAUCAGACCGGAAGUCUGAUUAGUAAUUAAAAAUGAUUUGGAAUAUAUUUCAUUGUAACUCGUGGCAUAUCAAUUUUUACGAAAGAGGCCAGAAAUAUAGUCGAGGAGUCAUUUGAAUGUUUCUUAAGAUCCAGGGUCGAUGUUUUAUUAUUUUUUUAUAUUAUAGCCGCGCUGGUCUUUCAUUCGGUCGUUCAGAAAAAAGUGUCGAACGAGAAUCGAGCUCCGCGCGAAAAGGUGAAGAGAAGAAGAGACACGAUAAAUACACGAAGAAAGCACCCCCUAUUUCCUUCGCACGUCACACCCGCACCCCAACGCCAGUUCGCGUUGUCGAUCAACCACAGUUGAACGAGAUCUGAUUCCUUCUCUUCCUUCAUAUUCGACGCCUUUCCUUUUCAUCUUCCUCGGCCGAUAUCGACUUAUGUUAGGAAGCCUUUACGAAAACAGGGUCAUAUAAAUACUUACGUGUAAUACGAGUAUUUUAAAUUUUUAAAAAUCGCGAUUAACGAAGCGUGAGCAGAACAAAAUGAAAAAAAGUGCAGUGAGAAAAUAAAAUGAAAAAAAAAAAUGCAAGCGUAGUAGUGUGCAGUGCGUAUAACGAUGAACAAACUAAAUAAGAGACGCGAGAGAGAGAGAGAUAAGUAAAAGCGUAAAAAAUUUAUACAAAAGCAAAAAAAAUAUGUUGAGAAUGGUGAGUGUACGGGAGGAGAGUGAGAGAAAAAGAGAGAGAGAGAGAGAUAUCGUGAUGAAUGAAAUCGUAGUGCCACAAAACGGAAAUGUGUAAUAAAAGAGGGAACGUCGCGGACUACGUCUUUCAAAGCGUGUUUUCGCUUGGUCAACGGAACGGAGCAUCGCUUUUUAUAAACGUGUUGCUGCGAUAUAAUAUAAUGUAUGUAUAUGUGCACAUAUAGCUGCAUACUGUAAUCGCAUGUGCAGGUGCAAACUAGCGAGUUUUGCGAGAACAGGGAAUAGGGAUGAAAGCAGACCUUGCGUACUUGGUCGCGGUGUCGACUCGUCUAACGAUCGAUCACGGCGGUCUGAUCGGAUCCUUGAUAUAAUAAAAUCCAUCACCGUUCAUUUCGUUUAACACGUCAAGCUUUCGACAGGUACACGAGCCUCCGAUUUAUUUUACCGGAAGCUCGGUGAAAUCGUGAACAGUACAAAGGGAGACGGUGAACAAAGUCUGUUUUUAAUUGCCAAUCUGAAUGGAUCAAUUUCGAGAAGCUUACGAGCGUUACAUUUAGGAUCCAGUUAUUUCGUAUCGCCCUAGGGUUUAAUUAAAGAUCGAGUAGACAAUUUUCGUGGAAACUAAUCGGUUACAGGGAGGCCCGAUCGAUCGAAGACUACACAAUUUCAGGGUAAAAAAGUUUUGUAAGCUCCCUUAAAACGAACGAUACGGAGAGACAAAUACGUAAAUACGUACGGUCGAAUUUACGUAAAAGUUUUCAUUAAGAGUGUAAGGAUAACGCGAGUAAGCAUGAGCAAAGACGAAGUAAGACACGUGCUGUAGGUUGACGGUGCAUACGACGCCGGGCGAGAGUUAGUGUCUUGAGAACGGCGCAAACAAUUUUUGUCGAGCCGGCGAAUCGAGAGAUCGAGAGGCGAAUAAAACUAUGCAUACGCGAGCGAGCUUGUGAAAUAACAUUAAAUUGUGCGCAACUUGGAACGUGGGUAAUUUCGAGAUACUAUUCCUGGCCCGACGACGUACAUACUUAUAUAUACAUAUAGGCAUAUGUGUAUAUAUAAACGAUAUACAAUUACUUGUAAGCAUAUAAGAGAUAUAAUUUAUAUAGCUGUAUUCUACGUCAUUAGUACAUGUAGGACAGGCUUGCGAGUGUUCAUAUGUGAUCGUCUCAGCGUGAGAGUGCUUUAAAAUCUAGAGACUGCGUGAGUGAGAGAAAUACGAUAUAUAUAUAAAUCUAUAUAUAUAUAUAUAAAAAUAUAAAUAUUAAAAGAAAGAAAGGUAUAUAUAAUUAAAAUAGAUAGAUACGGGGAAUGAGGGAGAGAGAAAGAGAGAGAGAGAGAGAGAGAGAGAGAGAAAUACAUUAUACCUUGUAGUCGACGUUACAUAUCUUUGCAAGUCAUUCGUUGAUGAACAUUAUUUUGUCUGCUUUAGACAUUCAGAUUUUCAGCGGCGCCUAGCGAUAUAUUAAUAUACAUAUAUAUAUGUGUAUAUUAUAUGUGCUUGAUUCACGGCAAGACCAAAUCGCGCGAUUCGAACAAUCUAAUUAUUAGAGAACGGCGUCGCUGGUCGAUUGUGCGAUCGAUUAUGCGAGUCGUAGACCCGUGAACGUGAUGCACAAGCGACCCAGACCUGACCCCAAAAAGUCGGGCUACAUAUCAGACUCUAGUUAGCGUCAAGUUCCCUACUCGGAUUUCCAUCGGUUUUUAAACCUCGAAACCACGAUUCGUUUGGUGUAGGUAUAUUCACGUUGAUUCGCGGCUCGAACAAAAAGUAUUAAGUGUUUUACAGACGAAAGAGCCGGUGAAUCAUUAAUUAAAUCCACUGAUCUCUCCCCCUAAAUCACGUGCUCACCCACUUCGGGACGAUCUCGGAAUACGGGCCAGCUCUUAUCUGGAGUAAGUUACGUAUUUAACUCGAGCAUGGUCACCGACAGCUCUGCCGAGAUCCACCGAAUCUUCAUCCGGGAUAAUCCGUUCUUUCUCCGAGAGACAAGCCGCGUCCUAAACCUAGAACUAUUCUAUCGCUACUGCUAUUCUAUUUACCUAUGCUAUCGACUAUAACCAGCAUUAACACUGUAUCCAUUAUCCAAUUGUUCCGCGAUUCGAAUCGUUCAUUGUCCUACUUUCGUUUAUCAUCAAUUUCGCAAGCCCGCGUAAAAAACUCGAGUCACCUGAAUGGGAACAAGAGACUAGACUCUUUCGAAAGGACGUAAUCGAUUCUUUUUCUCGUAGUCGGAAAUUCGAAGAAGAUUUUCGAUUUCACGUUUUAUGGUCGCGAGUAUCCUCAUCCCAUCUCCGUCGUGUUCUUCUCUUGAUUCUUUAGUCGCAUGUGCUGAGAGAAAAUUGACACAAGUAUUUAAUUAAUGUUCGGAAGUUAUCGAUAUUUGAAAAUUGUGAUUAUUUUUAUGAUGCUCAGAACUGUUCGACGACGCUGAAGGAAAGAGGAAAAUGAUUGAUUCGGUGAUCAGUCACAUUUCUCGAGAUUUUACUACAUUAUUUUUAUUAACGUACAAUUCGUAAUAUAAUAAUUAAUAAUUAACUCUUGAGGAAUUGAGAAGUUAUAAUUUUAUAAGAGAAGACAAUACAUUACAGUAGGAAGUUAAUAAAGAGUGUACAAUUUUAUGUACAAAAUGUGUGCUCAAAUUGGCGUUAUAAUAAAGAACAUAAAAGAUAUAGCGUUUAAAGUAUUAUAGGGUGAUAUUCUAUAGAAAGUAGGGUAAUAUCGUUAUCUCGAUGCUUCAAAAUUUAAUUUCUCCUACGAGGCGAGUCUAGUUUUUAAAAAAGUAAUCGAUCGUACUAGAAUCUCGAAGAACAGUGACUCAUUAAGUUCGAUCAAUACAUAUCUUCCCGAAUAUUAUUUUCAUUUUCCUACGUAGUAGUAUCUAUUUAAUCAUAAAUUUCUCUCAGCACAUAUUUCAACAUCUAUUCACUGAUACGAACUGCGCUCAUUCUCCGAAACAAUGUUCUCUCAUAGCAAUCUGUACUGUUAUCCGUUAGCGUCAUGAUUUUACGUAAAUUAUAAGUUGUUGAUUAGUUGCUACAUGUUGGAACAAGAGAUCAUCGUGAGAGCUUCCAUAAGUUCAUAAGGUAUCCGAAACCAAAAGACAAUGGAUGAUGUAAAGUUGGUCACGAUGAUUUUUGUUCUAUUCUUCAAUAAUUCUUUAAUAAGCCUCAGUUGCUCAAAAACUCCCUCCUCUCCACUACUGCGGAGAACGUUUUCUUAUCAUAGGAAUCGAUCCAUUUCCGUUUUGAUAGCAUGAUCGAAUAAUUUAAUCAAUUAAAUAUACUUAAUACCUAAACACGUUGUAAUAAGAUUUUUCGUUCUGCUUCGACGGUGUACAUGAUUUCCUCGCGGAAGAUAGAAUCCGUGGUUGAACAGCAAUUGACGAUCGUAUAUUUAAACGAACUUUAAUUGCUGUUCCUAUCAGCAACGGCAGCGCGUACAAGCGAUCAAUCGACGACGAUGUCCGACGUGUAAAAUCGUCACGCGACCCCACUGCAUUUUUACGUUAUCGUUCUUUACCUUUUCACAUGUUCGGUACCGUCAGCGAUUGUAUAUAAAAUAUAUAAAACGUGCACACGCAAAUUGUAAUUUAUUAUCAGUGUUAAAAGAAAGGGAAUAAUAAAAAAAAACACUCGAACGUCGACUAGGACUGCCGAACGAUGUGAAACUCUUACUCGUUCCGACAGAUUAAUUAAUUGCGGAAUAUAUAAUACACGUAUUAUAACGUAUACAAUAUAAUAUGUAUAUUAUGUAUCGUAUACAGGGAUAUACUAUAACCCGCACAGCAUAACCACGACCAAAAAGUGCCGAAACAUUGGCGAGAAAUCGAGAACGGGACGGGAGAAAUAUAAGCUAGAGAGAAAUCUAUUAUUAUAUUAAUUCCGUAUUCGUACACGCACGAUCGUGAUUCUAAAAGAUCAUCGAUCGAUCUACGCAGAGAGAUACAAAGCGUACACGUAUACACAAACACGCAGACAGACACACAGUCGAUGUACGUAGCAUUUACGUACGUACAUGCAUACGAAUACGUACAGGUAACAAGACGAAAGAAACAGGAAAAAAAAAAAAUACAAAGAACGGAUGAUAAAAGCACGACAGUUUUCGCAUCACUACAGCAGCAGCUGCACUUCUUUUUUGAUUCUCACCACACGUACUCAGACACGAUUCUUGAAUCAAACAUUCUUUUUUAGCGGUCAGAGAGAGGGAUCGCGGAUUUACCAUCAACUCGAAUAGAGAUUUAAUGUUUGUAAGGGCAAUAACGAUUGUAAAUUUUUCGAGUACACUGUAUUUGAAUGUGUAAGUUGCAUAAAAAGACAGAUUUUUUAGAUAUUGCACUAUAAUAUUUAUUAUUCUAAGGUAAACGAGACAGGGUCGCGAUUCGCCGCGCUCGCGAUACCUCGCCGAAUACCGCCGCGAAAACGAGAAAAAGAGAACCCACCACCACCACCACCACCACCACCCUCCCCUCGACCCUUAAAUGUGGCCUCGAUCGCAUCGGGAAAAUCGGUGCCCCGGGAUCAAAACAGCGACGAACUAUCGAUCGCGUCCGCGAUAAUUUAGUUUGGCAAUCCCUCGCGAAAGUGUUCCGCGCGAGCGAUUAUAAAAUAUACGUACAUACAAUACAUAAUAUUGUAAUUGGUUCAGUCGCGAUCGACGCCGAGGCGCUAGCGCGGCUGCUUCGCGACGAUCAUGGAUUAAUAUUAAUUAAUAAAAAAGAGGCGGAGCGAAUGCAUUGUUCUUUCCAAUAAAAGAAGAAGCAAGAUUUUUAGUGUUUACACUACAAUUGAUAAACGAUUCUAUUAUUACAUAAUAUUAUAUUAAUAACAAUAUUAUUACUGUAAUGUUUGUUUUUGGUUAUUAAAGUGUGUAUAUAGCAAUAUAUUCUA